GACAUCAUCAACCACCACGAGACCCUGCCACCGCGCUGCUGGUGUUGUUGUUAUUCUACGCACUGCUUCCGUCCCUUGCCCUCGAAAUAGCGCCGACGAUACCGGACAGCCCUCGUUUCAAGCCUUAAUCCCACAAGCGCAGUGACAACACGCGAGAGACGUUAAGCCUUUCAACGGGCGGGCUCAAUUUUGGAGCGGAACGUUUGACGUAAACGUCGAUCACGAUGAUGAUGAUGAUGGGCGCGAUGCGAGGGGUGAGGAGGAGCUUGUGCCUGGUGGUGAGCCUGGUGCUGCUCUCGGCGGUGUGCGUCAGCGCCGGGAAGCUGUGGGGCGUCGACGUCGGAAAGAAGGAGGAUAAGGGGGAGUUCGCAUCCCUGUUGAAUAAGGCCACCGGGAUGGACCGGGGAGCCGGGGCGGGCGGCGGCAUCGGGGACGAAGUCGGCCUGAUACUGGCGCAGGUCGCGGACAUGGACCUGUCGCAGCUGAGCCUUUCGGAGUUGGGCACCAACAUUAUCGACGCGUUUCUGGAGACCAUCAAGGACGACCAGUUUAUCAGCCAGUUUGCGGAGCCAGGAGUGUUGGGGGAGCUUGCUCAGAACUCAGGGCUGAGCGCACUUCUAGGGGAAGACGGCAUGGCCUCUGUGGAAAGGGAUGAUCUGUUGGCGCUCCUGGCUUUGGAGGACAGCCCUAUCCUCUACAAGACCAAGUUUUACGAGAUCGUCGACAAGUUUAUCGGGAAAAUGGUGGCCUUCCGAAUGGACGUGGCGGACCCUGUGAAGCUGCGGCGCUUGGUCUUGGAAACGCUGCAGGCUGCCGGACUCGACCAACCUACGAUUGCCCAGAUCAUGGAGGUCGUGGAGCACCCGGAAAUCAUGGCUCAGCAGAUCAAGGCGAUGGCCUCCGACCCCACCGUGAUAGAGCAGGCCAAAGCAGCCGCGGAGGGUUUCAUGACCGGGAUGGAGGUAGCCAACGAUAUGGACUACGAUGACGACGAGCUGAUGGAGAUGCUUGCCGCAAUGGGGCAGGAGGACCCCGAGAUGAUGGAGCAGAUACUGGCCGAAAUUAUGAAGGACCCGGCCUUGGCCGAGAGCUUGGACGCCGAGGGGGGUGCCGCGGGGCUUUUCAAGGGCAUGGGGGGGGGAGCGGGUCGACAAGGGCUUGCUGCGGAGUUGUAAAGAUGCUCGCCGAAUCGUCGAAGAUCCUCUCCGGUGGCGUGUGAAUUCCUUCCAUUGUCCUGGAUUUUUUAAGGGCGGCAGAAGAGGGUGAUGCGGACAGUUUUUUCUCGGUUUCUUGUCGGAAUUGAUGGUAGGCAUGUUUUCCCGGAGGGUUUACGUGUAGAGGUUGGCGAACCCUUGCGUCGCGGUGAAGUCUUGAAUCUUAGUAUUUGGUUGUUUUUCUCGGGAAAGAUUUCCGUUGUUGCUUUCGUUGACGUUCGCGAGCGGUAUCUGUCCUUCGUACCGAGGGGUGUGUCUGAGUCGACCGGACGCAUCCCUUGUCCCGAUUGAGAAGUUUUGGAGAAAUCGUUGUCGCUGUGAUCAUUUUUCGUUUUUUGUUUGCGUGCUGCACUCUGUUGAGUUCUAUGUGAAAAAAGCAGGGUGGUCCAUGUUUUGUUGUAAAUUGUUCCAGUUCAAUUUUCGACAGAAUGGCGGAGCGCUGUCGGAAUCUCGUGGCGUGCCUUGUCCGUUUUGGCUGGACGUCAGCGCACUGUUCAUCUGCUGUCCGUUUGAAAAAUUGAAAAAUGUGUUGUUGAUGCUCCUCGAGUUUUGAUUGGUCAAUGAUCGUUGGCCGGUGGGUGAUGACUCAGCCCCAGGGUGACGAACGGGGCCCCGCUUUUGGUGGUAGACAGUAAAAAUGAGUCGUGACGUUAUCUUCAGGCAGACGAGGGAAGGGGUCCAAAACCCUUUGGUCCAAAACCUUUCUACUCCGAAGUAGCUCAGUGCGCCAAACACAAAUGUACGUUCGCUUCACACUCCCAAGUGUGUUUCACUUCACUUUCUUUGUUUUUCUCUCCCA